AUGUACAGCAGUUGGAAAACCAAAUCGAGGAGUUGGUUGAAUAUCAAGAAGACCUGCGAGAGGCAAAAGGAAGUAGACCGAGUAUCACUGGAGCUUGGUAGUGACCUGUUCAGGAACAUGCCAGAUGCCUCAGGGUGGGACCCAAAGGCAGCGGCACUGCGAAUAGACUUGGUCACUGGAAGUACACGUUCACGUAUGACAAAGACCGCGUGGGAAGAUUGUACCGGCGUGUUGAGAUCUCUAUACCACAGCCUCCUCCUUGAUCACGCAAGACUAGUAUUUCGAUGGGAUAUUCACCUCUUGUCCCUACUGCACCGAACCCAAAGCUAUUGUGGAGCAACCAUUGCUGAGGACAGUGCUUUAGAGUUGAGGUGGAAAGAUAUGCUACGUAGAAUAAUAGGAUGA